GCGUACCUACGAAUCAUGUGUGCUACUGCUAUAUUUUUCGGUGGAGAAGCUGAACUAGCUAGCUAGUGAUAGAAAAUACUAGCCAGAUCUCGGGCUUUUGGCCGGACCAAAGACAUGAAGAAAUUCAAGAGACGAUGGAGAGUAAUUUCUGCUGUUUAAACGAAUCAGAUGACCUCAAUAUUUUAAUAUCUAAUUCCAGCGAGAGGUUGCAGAUUGAAAGGACCAAGACCCUGUUUGAGGAGAUCAGGGCUUCCCUUAAUAACAAUGAUGAAGAGGACCGUUCUUUCUGGAGGCCUGUGCUGCCAUGGGGCGGUGUGUACACCAUCCGGGCUGGUCGUAAGGCCAUCUCCUGCAUCCCCCUGUACGUUAAAGUCAGUCUGAAGAACACCUGCACCAUCGAUGGCUUCCUCAUGCUCCUUUACGUCAUCCUGCGGGACAACCAGACCUUCCCCAGGGAGGUGGGCGUGUUCCUGGGGCGAGAGUUUGUGGAGCACUUUCUCUAUCUCAUGGACUCGUACGACUACACCACCGUCAAGAUGCUGUGGAUCUUGGACCGCAUGUCGAAACAGCAGUACCGCUCAGUCAUCCACCAGGCGGCCCUGGAGAUUGACCUGUUCGGAAACGAGCACGAGAACUUCACUAAGAACCUCAAGGAGAUCAUGUCCACCAUGCAGGAGAGCCUAUGCACCAACUGGGAUUGUCAGGCUCGCUUUCAGGAGUUCCUAGAGAAGACCAUCAGCAUCAACCCUCCAAAUGAGCUACCUCAGAGGGAUCCAAUCCAGUCUGCAGUGGAUCAGUUCUUCUGCCCAAAAAAUGUGCUUUGUCAAGAGUUUGGCUGCGACGGGCUCCGGGAGUUCUCCCAGAGGGUUUUCAGCCACGGUCCCCCUCCCUUUAUUAUCCUCAACAUGCAGAUGUGGAAGUCGGAAGAGUUGUCCUACGUGCCCUACCAUCUGGCCCUGUCCCACUACAGAUACUCCCUAGAGGGCGCCACACUCUUUAACAAAGAGGAGCACCACUAUUCUGCGGCCUUUCAGAUUGACGGCUCCUGGAUGCACUACGACGGCCUCCGCAGCGACAACCUCAUCCUGCUCAACAAGCCGCCCGAACUCCUGCUGCUCUCUUCCCUCGUCUACGUCCGUUGCUCUGACAACAAGUGAGCUGCCGUGGCAACUGAGUCGGGGGUCACGGGGGGGGUCCAGAUUUCAGGUGUUGCGGAAUUUGAUCAAGUCAGUUUGCCAACCACUGCCACAUCAAUAAUGGCAUUUAGCAGCAAGAGCGGGGCUUGACUGAACGUUCCUCCGAGUGUCGGGGCAGAAAGCUGUUUGAGAGGCCUUGUUUCUUAUUUGUUUCUCAUGCCAUUAUUCUUGCAUUAAGCAUUUGUUCUCUUCUUGGUCUCUCUAAAUGUUUCUUUUGAAUGUCAGUAAUUGUGUUUCUUUAUAUGUUUCUUUCUCUUUUUGUCCUCCGAUGAGGUAACAUAUUUUGCAUUGGCUAUGUUUGCUAAGCUGUUUCUGUUAAGUUGCUCCUAUUUAUGAAAUUUUUGGUAAUUCCUUGAAUACUUUCCUAAUUGUGUUCUUCGAUUUGUCAAUGAUUGUUUCUUUUAAAAGUUGGCCAAUAUUUUUCUUUUUGGUUUGCAUUCUUGGAAUCCAAGAAAUGCGUUUUAUGGACUAUAAUAGUUCUGGGCUGUUAGGCACAGGCUGAAUGAGGAAAGCAUUUGGGAAAAAAAGAUCUGAACAUUGAUAAACAGCUUCAAGUUUGUUGGCUUUUUUCUCAUAGAUUUCAGCAGUGUGCUCAUUUAUUAGCUUGUUUUCCAUUCUCCCUUAAAGUCGAACAAAAUCUACUAGUAUGCUUGUGAGAAAUGGAACAGUUAAAAGGGUUUAUUUUAAGAAAUGAUUUGAUUUGAAAGAAGCACAGCAAUGAUGAAAUGCCUUGGCUUAAUUUAUUGUCCAAUACUUAUAUGGAUACUGGUUCUGAAUUUAGAAGUAAACUGGUCCUUUUUGUUGUGUUGUGCCAUUGAUUUACUAUGAUAAAUCAAGAUUACUGUAGGCACCAACUGAAAACUGCCAACCUUUCCAGUUGUUGGUUUGAGUUUUCCAGAAAACAUAUUGAAGUCUAAUAUUAGCCUAUAUAUCACUUAUGAAGUACUGUCUGAUAUUGUAAUGAUCACAAAUGUGUAGAGUCAAGGCCAUAUAUUUAACAGUACACAUUUUACAUUGUGAAAAUCAUGGUUGAUCUGUACUGAGAUUGGAAUAGGUCAGACACUCCAGGCAAUGAAUGCAAUGAACAUUGCCUAAAUGACACCAUUAUUAUAUUGGUUUUGUCAUUCAAUAUGUUCACUAGCGAGAAAGGGAAAAAGCAAGUGUUAUUUGCAGGUGGCACCAACAAUUUCAAGUUAUGCCAAUUUGUACCUGUUUGAAAGGCUUCCACUAUCAUGUUACAUGUUGUUGUUGCUACAAUAUCUGUCUUGUGCUAAACCAUAAUAAUGAUGCUAAAAUGUCCUGUGCUAAACCAUAAUAAUUUCACAGAAUCUACCACUAAGCUUUAGGGGGAAAAAAGUAACUGAAAUUGUAAUCAGUGAUUACAAUGCCCGAUAUGGUCAAUAAUCACUUUAAUCAAUAAUCACACAGUUGAUCAUGAGGAUUUGGUCCCUUCACAUGUACUUCUGAUCCAAGCUUAUGACUCCUACUUUGCUCUGUAAUAUAUAAUGUCUGUAACAGAUUUGCGGUUUCUAGUUUCUCCUUUGAGACAAAGGUAAAGUGUUUAACUAUGCAGCCCUUGUUUUUAAUACUACAAUUUGUUUUUUAAGCAAUACAAUAUUUUUAUACAC